GCUUCUACCCAUUCUGUCUGGGGAGACGUGAAGAGUUUCAGACAAAUGCAUUUCGUGAACAGGACUAUCCGUCAAACGGAUAAAUGGGUUGAGCCAUACCAAGAAGGAGGAUGUGAAUCCUGCUGUCGUCCUGGACCACCAGGACCCCGAGGAGCGCCAGGAAGACCAGGAAAACCCGGGAGAGCCGGUGCACCGGGUCUUCCAGGAGUGCCCGGCUUUUCGCCCUCAGAACCGUGCGAACCUGUCACCAUUCCUCCAUGUAAGCCAUGCCCUCGCGGUCCGCCGGGUCUACCAGGAAUGCCAGGACCGCUAGGAGACCCUGGAAAGAAUGGCCUUCCGGGCUCACCAGGAGAGAAUGGAGCACAGGGAGCCCCAGGACGCAAAGGUUAUCCUGGCCCUCAAGGCUCUACAGGAAAGCAGGGUGAGAGCGGGAUUCCAGGAGAAGAUGCAGUCUGUAGUCCCGUUCUGGAAGGCGAUCCAGGCCCAUCUGGACAGCCGGGUCCACAAGGACCACCUGGUGUACCGGGAAUUCCAGGACCUAGUGGAAUACCAGGUGCUCCUGGGCCUAAAGGCAUUCCUGGUCGUGAUGGAGCUGCUGGCUCUGACGGAUUACCUGGCCUACGUGGGCCUGCAGGACCACCAGGACGAAGCGGUGAGCCAGGUAUCUGCCCAAGAUACUGUGCCGAGGAUGGCGGUAUCUUCUUUGAAGAUGGAACUCGUCUUUUAUGUCAUAUUAAAAAAGUGGAAAGAGGCAACGAAGCAGUGCAAUUAGUGAAGCUAAAGAAGAGUGCUGAUGGUGACUAUGUGCUAUCUCCCCGGAAAAGAAGCUUUAGUUUCAAACAACUGGGAGGCAACGAAGCGGUGCAAUUAGUGAAGCUAAAGAAGAGUGCUGAGGUGGCUAUGUGCUAUCUCCCCGGAAAAGAAGCUUUAGUUUCAAACAAUUGGUUGUUCUCCAAAAAAACUAAUAGACGUUGGAAGAGUUGGAAGAUUAAUUGA